AUGGCACAACAAUCACUGAAAGUAAAGAAGACUGGCACAUCAAUUGUCAAGAAGUCAAUGGUUGGCUUGAACAAGAAGGUUACGAACAAGUCAGCAUUGGAGCUUGCAAAGAGAAAGAUUACUAGAUCAAUGGAGGUUGGCAUUUCACAAAAGAUAGAGAGGGAGAUGUCGAACCGUGUUGCAAAGAACAACGGAAAGCUCUCCGUGUUGAAGGCUGAUGUACCAGGUCAGGGCAAGAAGAAGAAGCAGCCACAACAAAAGAUGAAGAGGAAUCACUAA